AUGUCCGAGUCUGAGGAUCCGGUGCCAUUGCCGUCGCGCAUAGCAUCGCUGGUCCAUGCGCAUUUUGAUGCGCUACCCACGCGCAGUAAACCAUCUAUUUUUCCCGAUGGAUCAAGGGAGUGGAUUCCUAUGACUGGCAUUGUGAUUGUAGCUGAUGGUUUCAUCGGUGCUUAUUCGUUAAAUAGGAGAAAAUACACUUUCCGAGAGUCUGCAUUGUAUUACAAUUACAUCCAUAGGAGCGGGGCCAAAUGUCUUUCAGCCUCUCACAUCCCACACUGCCGAGGGCUCGUCCUGCACGAUUGCCAUGCAGAGAUCCUUGCCAUUCGAGCAUUCAACCACUGGCUUCUAACAGAAUGCCACAGUCUGCUGGCAGAAGAAAUAAUAGCCAAAGACAAUGCGGACUCGGUGUGUGAAAAUAGACCCAUUUCACCGUUUAUCCGCAGAAGGGAAGGCAAAGACCACAAAAUUAAGACGUCAACAAAAUGGCCACCAUUCGAGCUUCAACCCGAUAUCAAAAUAUACAUGUACUGCACCUGCGCACCCUGCGGCGACGCAAGCAUGGAACUCUGCAUGGCCUCCCAGGAAGACGCCACGCCAUGGGAGGUGAUGCAAGAGAAGGCAUCCAACCCAGAAGAAUCCGAGGGGGAAAUGCUAGACGGCCGAGCCCAUUUCUCUCUUCUUGGUGUCGUCCGUCGAAAGCCCGCGCGAAUGGAUGCUGAAUCUACGCGCAGCAAAUCAUGCUCUGACAAACUUGCCCUGCGACAGGUCUCUUCAUUACUCUCGUGCGAAACGAGUCGUCUCGUCGCUCCUACCGAGAGUGCAUACCUAGCCGGUCUAAUUCUUCCAGAGGAUGAAAUCAGUCAAUCUGGGUGUGAGCGAUCCUUUGGUGAGAGUGGUCGAAUGAAAGCUCUGGCUGGGCGGUCUUGGGCUGGUAGCUCGAGCACGACACCAGGAGGAGAUACAGCUGGAUAUCGAUUUCGUCCAUUCCAGGUCCUUUCCGUUUCUGCCGAGCAAAUAGAGUCACAAUGGCGUUUUUCCAAGAUGAAGAGGGACAGUUCAUCUUUGUCAACGGACGGAUCAGAGAAAGCUAAACCAGCGGUUGUGUCUAAGAAAAAUAGACCCAGCAACGUUAGUGCGAUCUGGACAGCAGCGCCGUCUUAUUCUCACACCUGCGCUGCACUGGUAGAUACAGGCAGCAAAUCCUUGCCCGCUUUGAACAAGACGAAGACUGGAUUGUUUGAAAAUGUCAUCAAUGGGGGAAUCGUGCUACUACCCCUCUUGCGAGGGGGGGCCUCUUCACUUUCUCGGGCUAAGCUCUGGGGCCUGGCUCGCAAUGUCAUCCAGCCGAGCGCAUGCCAUGGUCCUCCAGGCCCUUUACAGGAGGAAUUAUCCAUGUCAGAAGUGGACCGUGUUGACCAUGGUUCUUUGGGUAUAUUUCAACAGCACGUGCUACAGUCGACUACCUAUGAUGAAUUCAAACGAGCAAUCGGCGGCUCAACAGACCCCAACCAGGUUCGUGUGGAUGCUAUGAACGAUGCAAAGGCGGUUCUCAAGGGGUGGGUACCGAACUCGGGGGAUGAAAAUUGGGGAUUGGACGUGCUAAUUGACCCUCAGAAGAGGAAGCGUUGA